UUGGAGCCUGGCGUGGGAGCUUUACAGUGCUUACAAUUCUUAAGACAGGACAUGCGUUGAAACCUUGAGAAGACCAAAAAUAAUCUCGCGUGAUGUCGGCGGGAUGAACGUAUCGCCAAACACCAACUUGACAGACUCUGAGUCAAAGGAACAGAAACUUCAACAAAUUGUCGACCGAUUUAUUCCACUUUUGUUUGUGUGGGGAGGAUUGGGGAUAUUUUCUAUUAUAUCCAAUGCAGUAUUUCUGUUAUUGUCCAAAUUUACGACUGGCGGCAAAAGCCCAGUGCUGGUAUUUAUGAGGAGUAUCUGCUGGGCGGACGCCAUGCUUGGUCUUUAUGCAAUAAUUAAAGCGAUCGUUUUUUAUUCGAUGCAAACAACAAAGGUAAAUUGCUUUCUCCCGGAUAGUCUUCUGAUCACGGCGACCACAGCAUUUGUGUUCACACUCGUGUGGCUCCAUGCAGAUUGCUGCCUACGUUUCACACAUCCACUUAAAUACAUUCUUCAUAUGAAAAAAACCAACAUAAUCACAGGGAUGGUGUUUUUAUGGAAUAUCUCUUUCGUCCUCGGUUUUCUUCCGCUAAUGGGGUGGAAUAAUGCCGAUGCUGUGUGUGCAUACGAGAAUUUUUUUUCUGUUGAGUACGUGUGUUCUAUAAUUUCCCUGUGGUGUGUUGGAUUACUUUCCACUGUAGUGAUGGAAAUAAUUUUAAAACUCUACAUAGAAAAAGUGAAACACAAUCAGCAUUUAUUGACGAUUAAUAGCCGGGAAUUUCAGCGCUUCCAGAAUCUGAUUUGGAUUAAUAGAAUUGAAUUGAUAGGAUGGUUAUCUUGUAUUGUACUUGUGGGAAUAUUCAUCAUUAUAAGUGUUGUGAUGUUUAGUGAUUUUAUCUACUUUCACGUCAUUGAAGUUCAUAUUUUAUGCAUCGUGCCCAUAUUUUUAUUACGCUCGUGUAUUAUUUCAGUAGUAAGAAGUUAUAAAACAACACAAAUUCACAUAGCUACAAAGAAACUGAGAAGACAAGUAACGAGUAUUCUUCAAAAACACCCAAAGGCCUCAAAGGUAAACUCUGCAACAGAUACAAUAAGGUCAAACCUGGACAGCAAUAAAUCAACAGAAGUAAACAAUAGCUUAAAAGCAAGCUUCCGGAAAGGUACUAAAAAUGGAGAUAAUACGAAUAUAAAAGAUGGGGAAAAUUCACAGCAACGGAACUCCCAGAGGAAUAAUUCUUCCUGUCCGAGGGAUCAUUCGAGAUCAUGUACUGAAAGCAUAACAGCAGUGGACAAUCCAUUGUUCAACAUGGCAGACGAGGUGGCAUACAUUACGUCACUUCCUGUCUCCUGUAAAAAUGGUCUUCUGAUUUUAGAGACUGAGUCACACAAUGAGUGUGAAGUGACGCAUCUCUGAUUUUAUUUUAGAUUGA